UGCGCGGUGCCCCGGUUGAGGAAGUGCCGCCGGUGCCCGUGCCCAGCGCUCCCCCGUCCGGUUCCGCCUCCCGGGAUGUGCUGAGGGCGCGUCCGCCGCCCCUCCCAGGCGUGAAUGACAGAGGAGGUGCCCCCGACUGCACUGACGGAUGUGAACCUGCGCCUGCUGUGCCACGAUGACAUAGACACAGUGAAACAGCUCUGUGGAGACUGGUUCCCAAUAGAGUACCCUGACUCAUGGUACCGAGAUAUCACUUCCAACAAGAAGUUCUUUUCCCUCGCAGCCACGUACAGAGGCUCCAUCGUGGGGAUGAUAGUGGCAGAGAUCAAGAGCAGGACAAAGGUGCACAAGGAGGAUGGAGAUAUCCUAGCUUCCAAUUUUCCUGUGGACACUCAAGUUGCUUACAUCCUAAGUCUUGGAGUGGUGAAGGAGUUCAGAAAACAUGGAAUAGGUUCCCUCUUGCUUGAGAGUCUGAAAGAUCACAUCUCCAGCACUGCCCAGGACCACUGCAAAGCCAUCUACCUGCACGUGCUCACCACCAACAACACAGCAAUAAACUUCUAUGAAAACAGAGACUUUAAACAGCACCACUAUCUCCCCUAUUACUAUUCCAUCCGAGGGGUCCUCAAAGAUGGCUUCACCUACGUCCUGUACAUCAACGGUGGGCACCCACCCUGGACAAUCUUUGACUACCUGCAGCACAUUGGCUCCACACUAGCCAGCCUGAGCCCGUGCUCCAUUCCCCAGAGGAUAUACAGACAGGCCCAGAGCCUCCUCUGCAGCCUCCUGCCCUGGUCUGGCAUCUCUGCCAAGAGCAGCAUCGAGUACAGCCGGACAAUGUGACGGACUGGGGGUGCACAGGAUUGUUUCUCCUUCCACCUGACACCUGGCUCUGCACUGGUUCCAGUGAUGACAGCCCCUGGAUGGGACUCCCCGUUCCACAGGAUUGACCUUUGGUAGAACUUCACCCUGGGGCUGCAGCCCUGGCUCCCCAGGGGGCUGGGGGCCCUCGGUGUCACCACUCCGUGUGCAUGUUGCACUGUCCCUGCCUCUCCCCUCCCCUCCAGCCUGCUCCUCCCCCUCCCCGGGGUGUGAGGGGCUCAGCUGCUGCUCCUGCUCCAUCCACAGCUGCUGAGAGCAGCUGAGGGAGGUUCAUGGAUCUGCACUGAGGAACCACCUACAUGAACUGGGAGAGCCCUGGCCAGGGCAGAGUCUGCCCUUGUUGCUGUGGAAGGGGCAGCUGGGGGAGGGAAAGGGGGGAAUGGGAAUCAUGUUUAGGUCCUGCCACAUCAACUGCUGGUGCGUCCUGUGGGGAACUUCCAGGGAGAGCAACUGCCUCGCAUGAGAAAGUACCCAGCCCCAGCAGCCCUCUGGAGUGAUGUAAAAAGAAAUAUAUAAUUCAGGAUGCAUAAAGUAGAAGGCAGGGAAUGAAAUUGCUAUUUCAUAGUGAAAUAUAUAUGUAUUAUACUGUA